UUGAAGAAAUAUCAAAUGUAUGGCUUGCAUAUAAUAAUUAGUACCUACCUAGGCUUAAGAUAUCCAACUGCCAUGGCGAUCGUGAACAGGUGAGUGUACCGUAAAUCCAAAUCGCCAGGGACGACAUCGCCGGGGGCGACACAAGUUUAGUCAAAAUACUUGACAGCAAUUUCACUUUUAGCAAGAUCUUAGACUUGCCUUCUUUCAUCGCAGCCUAAGUCAAAGAUCGAUCGAACAACACCCCAGUGAAUCAACAGUGACAUCCCUACUCAUAGGCUAUCCUCAACUCGUGCCACCCAUCACAUCUCCCCCUUCAUCGUAUCUCUACCAUAAGAAAGCUGAGCUCCGCGCCCUUGACGAUUCAAACCAUGGAUCAAGAUCAAGAUCAAAACCAGCAGAUUCAAGUCAUGGAUCAAGAUCAGGAUCAAAACCAGCAGCUCGACGUGACGGACCCUCAGGAGGAGCUUCGAGAAUGGUCGCCUCCUUUUUUUGAUUUUGGUUUCAAUAUUACCAAACAGGGACUCGCAUGUGUCCCACAGGAGCUCCUCGACGCUGAGUGCUCAAAGCUCUACAUCGAGUUCUUGUUACAGUUUCUGGAGCCAGAAACCGAAGGCCCUGAAUCAGAAAAAAUCCCCGUUACUGCACACACCGUUUUAAAGGCCGAUUUCAUGACUCCUCUUGGCCAUUACAAAGGAGUUCGAAUAGCCAUGGAUUUAGAUAGGCAGGCAUUGUGUGAAGAAUCCGGGGUGCUGGGCGUAAAGUUUCGCACAUACUCGGGAAAAACUACGUCUUCGAUCCGUACUUUCGCUUUUCCUGUGAUUGGUUCUGUGACAAUUGGCCAGAUGCUCGAAACCAUGACUAGCAAGAAGAUGGAGCAUUUCGAGUUUGAUUAUGAUGACGAUGACCAUAUCCAUGGAUGCUCCGACUUUAUGUAAGCUCAACUAUCCACAGCGCUACCAAGCAUCAGUCUUUGAAUGCUAACGAAAUUUGUUCCUAGUGUCCAAGCAUUCUAUCAGCUCGAAACCCAGGGCUUUGUUAGUCCUCAAGUCGAAAGUGUUCUUCCAGAGAAGCCUCAGAUGCCUGACGGGCUGACCGCGUACGAUGUUCUGGCUAUGAAGUUCAAUCGCCAGAGGGCGCAUAUGGAAUACUCUAUCGGCAAAGGUAAAUUCUUGUGCUACACGCGUGUCAAUGAACCCUACAUGAAAUACGCCGAGUAAAGCCUCGAUGGAGGCCAACCGAAAUCACCUGGAUCCCUGUUUCUUGGUUUGUGUUUUUUUCCUGGUUGCUUUUGACGGAUUCUCGAUGAUACCCAAGGGCGUGAAUUAGGAUGAGUGAAUAUUGGCGAGGAGAAUACCCAUGCAGGCGGAAUUGUAUUUAAUCAUGGAGUAGGCUGUAAGUUCGUUGGAAUGUUGUUUGAAGCUGGUCUGAAGUGGCCAUAAUAGUCUACAGACCAGGCUAUAAUCAUAGUCCUUGUUUCGUGUUUCUGAUUUGCAGAUGCCGGGAGCAUGAAUUGCAUAUUCGAGGGGCUCUCAUAGCUUAAUUAUAGUCGUGAUAUCGCAUCUCUAUAUAGCUGAAUGAAUUGAGAGAACCCUACCUCUUACCCUCCUCGAAAAUAGCAACUUGCUUAAAAUUUAAGAAAACGCAUGCACUCGCAAG